AUGAGGACAUUAGGAGUACGAUGGAAUAAGCUGAGACGUCUCAUCAACCUCCAAACAGGCCCCGGUGCCGCCAUCAUCCCUCCCAAUGUCACGCGCGUGCAUAUGGACUUUGCCGUCACAUGUAAAGGCGGCCACAUGGGUCCCAAGAAGUUCUGGCGCGAGGUCCUCCCCCGUCUCAAGUACCACAACCCGUCGAUCCCCAUGAUCGUCAACCGCCACCGACAAAACGAGAUCCCCCCCAAAAUGACCAUAUACGUCCGCAACCCGGACGUGCCAGAGCCCAGCGAGCCCCAGAGCCUCCAGCAACCGCCCUCGUCACAUGCAGGCCUGUCGAAAGCGCAGCCACCACUGCCGACCGAGAAGACGAUUGAGCUGGACAUGAAGGACAAGCAUUCGUCGUACAUUCUCGAGUACUUUGUUGCCGAGACGAGGGCGCAGGUGCUCAAGCCCACGCCAGAGCAGGUGCAGGAAAUCCAGAGUCUGCAGGAUCUGGCCAAGCAAGGAGAGUACGACAGGGGCGUGCUGGAUAAGCUCAGGGCAGAGAAGAAGCGGGAGAAGGAUAUGCUGGCACGAGCCAGGCAAGCGGGUGGUUUGAGCGAGGACUGA